GGUGCCAGAUCAUGUUAAUUAUGUAGUUAAGUGUGGUCAUGAGCACGUACGGAUGGCCAUAUUUUUUAAGGGCACAUCGAAGUGGUUCUGGCUCAUUGCAGUGCUUGCUGAAGCCUUUCAUUCGCCAUCUUUCCUAUGGGCAUCCUGCUUUCGUCAUUGCGCCACCGUUCGGUGUGAAGUCGUUGUAGCUGCCAUUUUGGUUUCGGGGUACCACGAUAAGGGAGGCGGAGUGUGCGGGAUGAAGGCGGGGCGGCUACACGGAAGUGACGUUCCGUGCCGCCAUGUCUUUUGAGGGCGGCGACGGCGCCUGGCCCAUGCUGGCUACGGGCACGGCGCGGAUGGCGUCAGGGCGCCCCGAGGAGCUGUGGGAGGCCGUAGUGGGAGCAGCCGAGCGCUUCCGGGCACGGACGGGCACGGAGCUGGGUCUGCUGGCCUUGGCCCACCGGGCUGCUGCUGCUGCCCGGCCCCCCGGGCCACCCCCCAUCCCACAGCCGCCCAGCCCAGCGCCCAGCCCACCCCGGCCUGCUCUGGCCAGGGAGGAUGACGACGACGAGGAGGACGAGCCCACAGAGACAGAGACCUCUGGGGAUCGGCUGGGCGUGAGCGAUAAUGGAGGUCUCUUUGUGAUGGACGAGGAUACCACCCUCCAGGACCUGCCCCCCUUCUGUGAGUCGGACCCUGAGAGCACAGACGAUGGCAGCCUGAGCGAGGAGACCCCCACUGGCCCCCCAGCGUACUCAGUGCCCCCUGCCACAGCCCUGCCCACUCAGCAGUAUGCCAAGUCCCUGCCCGUGUCCGUGCCCGUCUGGGCCUUCAAGGAGAAGAGGACAGAGGCGCGGUCGUCGGAUGAGGAGAAUGGGCAGCCCUCAUCGCCCGACUUGGACCGCAUCGCGGCGAGUAUGCGUGCCCUAGUGCUGCGCGAGGCCGAGGACACCCACGUCUUCGGGGACCUUCCGCGGCCACGGCUCAACACCAGCGACUUCCAGAAGCUAAAGCGGAAAUACUGAGGCCCAGGGAGCGAGCUUCCCGGCCCUCACCCGCCCCCUCACGUUACAGCCCCGCCCCGCCCCCGGGGUCGCCAAUCUGAGUCUGAUCCUGGGCGAGACUCCCCAAGUCUCCAGGGCCCCGGGAUUGACCGGUCUCUGCCAGGUCCCGCG